CCCAGAGCAACCUUUUUUUGGGCUAAUCACAAAAUGCCUGUGUUCUGUAGGAUGUGUUCUGGCAAGAAGCUAUAACCUUAAGAAAAAAAUGGCUUUAAUAAUAUCGUCUCUCGUGCCUUUGCUAUAUCUGUGCUUAGCACUACCAGAUUGGAUUACGUACUUGGUGAACUUCAACGCCAAGGGUGACGCGAGUUAUGAUGAAGUGAUGUAUAUGUUCGCUUUUAUUUGUGCAAUCGUCCGAAGUAUAUGCAUGAAGUUCCACGUCCUCAAGCUGGGCAAUCUUCUUUACACCAUGGAAAACAUUGAUGUUCCACGGGUAAAACCGAAAUUAAAAGUGAACGCGGACAUUGCAAAGAGUCAAAAGAUCCUGAACCGAAUUGUGGCGUUUACGAUUCCACUCGGAGGUAUAGGUGUACUACUCACAGCUGUACGGUGGUACGUUAAAAAGGAACAUUCAAACCACUUACCCUCGCACUUACCAUUUGCUGUACUGAACAUGUUGCUGUUGACUGUCUACUUGUAUGCAUGUUGA